AUUUAACCGUGCACUUUUACAUGAUCCUUCAGUCCAACACUUCUUCUGGAAGCGUUGUUGUAGCGGCUGAGGAAUAUUCUUGGCUCAUCGCCAACUAGACCACCGCUCUUUUUAUUCGGCGUGGCUUCCUUACUUAUUACUUAUCUCACUCUCUGCCACCGCCGCCGUGCACUCGCGUCUGAUCAGUGUGGAAAAAAGUGUUUUAGGCUGUGCUCAUCGCCUUACAUCCUGCUUUAACCGGAGCCUACUCCUUGAUCACUCGCCCGUCUAACCUACUACUCUAUCGAUCACCACGCUAAAGCAGUUGGAACACGAAGGUCGUGAACCACCUUCCCAACAGAACACAAUGGAGCAUCUUCACUCGCAAUCUCCGACUAAUUAUAUGCCAUCAUCACGAAAAAGUCGCAUGGCCAUCGAUGCCCUACUGAACCCGUCAGCAGAGUCGAACAACUCCGCUCAACUGCAUUACGCCCAUUCAGGAUCGCAGUAUUCACCCAUCUACCCACCCAGUCCUAGCCAUCAUUACUUCUAUCACCCCUACGCAGAGAACCAUCAUCACCAGCACUAUCCUUACCGGGAAAGUUCUGGCUCCUCGCAAGACCAAGCGUUCUUGCCAUAUCGACCUCGGUCGACCGAGUCAUCGCCAGGUGCGUACUCUCGGGACCGGUACGACUCGGUCUCAAGCAGUUCUAGCAAUGCCCCAGAGCGGCGACGCCCCCCUCGACCAAAGUACGAGGAAGAGGAAAUGUACUUCAUUUGGUAUCACCGCGUGGAUCUGUGCCAAGAGUGGAAGGAAGUGCGUGAGAGCUUUAAUCGACAAUUCCCUAGCCGGCAACGACGCGGAUUCCAAGGAAUCCAAUGCAAAUUCUACCGUUUCAUCAAGGAGAAGAAAUGUCCAACGCUGCGAGAGCAGAGACGCAUGCGCGAUGGCGAGUUCCUUCGAGAGGGGUCGGGGCUAGUUGAGUCGGCCGCACCACGAUUUGGUGUCGUGGAAUGGAUGGGGGCGUGGUAUCCUUGGAUGCGCGAGACCAAAGAACAAGUUCUCAGUCGACGCAUAUCACAUUGAAUUUUCUCUUCUUUCUUCCUCGAAGAAUCCUUACCUCCUUCAUUCCUCGACUUUCUACAGAUCCUCCUUCCACCUUGAAAAAUUUCCUUCCUUACGGCCGUCAAGAUACCUCUGAAGUUACUCGUCUACUUUAAUUACUUCUUUUAACCUUAUGUUCUUUUACCGACAGGGCUAUCAUUCUGACACGUUACUGCGUUCUUUUUCUCUCAUUUACAUCGUUUUAUGAUUCUCACUGGGAGGUUGUCUGAUCUUUAGCAUGCAUGCAUCACAUCGUCAUCAUUGUUUUUAUUCUGGAUUGAAAGGGAAAAAAAAAUCCAUGGAGACUGUCAUUUUAUAUUGGAGUGGAUGAGAUAAUUAGUCUCGACCGAAUUUACUUCUUUGAACUUAGAACAACAUACUAGUUUUCCUAUCCCGGGAGAUAGCACGGAUGUAGUCAGCAUGUA